AACUAUGAGAACGUGACCUCGCUGGAGUUUCCAGUUUUCACACCUGAUGUGAUCUCCCAUCUGGAACAAGACAAAGAGCCAUGGGUCCCAGAUCUCCAUGAUUCAGAGGAAAGCGAGAUCCUGAACGGUACCUGCCCAAGGGAGGAAUCAUUCAGCCGAUUCGAAACCUGUCCGUGGCUGAAAGAAACAGCUGGGAUUCCCGACAGAGACCUUGGGAGUUCUCCGAGUUCAGGAUUGUCCUCAGCAGGUGGUGGGAUGCCGAGUGAGAAGGAGGAGCACGAACCUCAGCAGGAAGAUGCUGAGCAAGACGAACCACCCGGGACAUUAUUGCAAAUAUCUGAGGUGGAGGAUUCCAGGAGUCGUGAGCAGAGAGAAGGUCGUCAGAGUCAGCACAGGCCAGAGAGGAAGCAGGGAAACCAGCCAGGGAAGAAAUUGAAUAAAUCCAUUAAUAGUUGGGGACCUCACAGAUACGUCAAGGAAACCGCAGCCCAGCCGAAAAUCCAGGCAGGAGAGAGAAACAACACAUGCCCCGAGUGUGGGAAAAAUUUCAGUAGGCACUCAGUUCUUCUUAAACAUCAGAGCACCCACACAGGGGAAAGACCCUAUGAAUGCCACGAGUGUGGGAAAACCUUCACUCAGAGAUCGUCCCUUAUUAAACAUCGGCGAAUACACACGGGAGAGAAACCCUAUGGGUGCUGUGAGUGUGGGAAAAGCUUCACUCAGAGAUCAACCCUUAUUAAACAUCGGAGGAUACACACGGGAGAGAGACCCUAUGUGUGCUGUGAGUGCGGGAAAAGCUUCACUCAGAGAUCAUCCCUCAUUACACAUCAGAGGAUCCACACGGGGGCGCAAUCCUACGCGUGUGCUGAAUGCGGAGAAAGCUUCACCCGACGCUCAAACCUGAUUGUGCAUCGGCGAAUCCACACCGGAGAGAGACCCUACCAAUGCUGCGAGUGUGCAAAAAACUUCACCAACAGCUCCUCGCUUAUGAAACAUCAGCGAAUCCACACGGGAGCCAGACCUUACGAAUGCCGCGAGUGCGGGAAAACCUUCACUCGCAGCUCGCACCUCAUCGCACAUCAGAGAAUCCACACCGGAGAGAGACCCUAUGAAUGCGGUGAGUGUGGGAAAAGCUUCACGGAUAGUUCAGACCUUAUUAAGCAUCAGAGGAUCCACACGGGAGAGAGACCCUAUGAAUGCGCCGAGUGCGGGAAAAGCUUCAUGGACAGCUCAGACCUUACUAAGCAUCAGCGAAUCCACACGGGAGAAAGACCCUAUGAAUGCAGCGAGUGCGGGAAAACCUUCACUCACAGCUCAGCCCUUCUGACGCAUCAGAGAAUCCACACCGGCGAGAGACCCCACGAGUGCUGCGAGUGCGGGAAACGCUUCACUCAGAGCUCGGACCUAAUUAAACAUCAGAGAAUCCACACCGGCGAGCGACCCUACAGAUGCGGCGAGUGCGGGAAAAGCUUCACUUGGCGCUCGAGCCUAAUCACGCAUCAGAGAUUCCACACAGACGAGAGACCCUAUGGCUGCCGUGAGUGCGGGAAAAGAUUCUUUGUCAGCUCAGCGCUCCGGGAACAUCAGAGAAUCCACAUUGGAGCCAGACCGUAUCAGUGCAGUGAGUGCGGGAAAAACUUCACUCGCAGCUCGAACCUCAUUAGACAUCAGAGAAUCCACACAGGGGAGACGCCCUACACGUGCUCUGAGUGCGGGAAAAGCUUCAAGCGGAGCUCACACCUUAUCACACAUCAGAGAAUCCACACAGGGGAGACGCCCUACACGUGCUCUGAGUGCGGGAGAAGCUUCAAGCGGAGCUCACACCUUAUCACACAUCAGAGAAUCCACACAGGGGAGACGCCCUACACGUGCGCUGAGUGCGGGAGAAGCUUCAAUCAGAGCUCACACCUUAUCACACAUCAGAGACUCCACACGAGAGAGAACUGGAGACGCUACACAUGCCAUGAGUGUGGGAAAAGCUUCAAUCGGAGCUCAGACCUUCUCGUACAUCGUAGAAUCCACACAGGAGAGACGCCCUACACAUGCGCUGAGUGCGGGAAAAGCUUUAAUCACAAUUUUACCUUGAACAGACAUCGGAGAAUCCACACGGGUGAGAAACCUUAUGGAUGCUCUGAGUGCGGGAAAAGCUUCAGUCGGCGCUCAAACCUUAUCACACAUCGUAGAACCCACACAGGAGAGAUGACCUACACAUGUGCUGAGUGCGGGAAAAGCUUUAAUCACAGCUCUACCCUGAGCGCGCACAGCAGAAUCCACACGGGUGAGAAACCUUAUGGAUGCGCUGAAUGCGGGAAAAGCUUUAAUCAGAGCUCUGCCCUGAGCACACAUAGGAGAAUCCACAGGGGUGAGAAACCUUAUGGAUGCUCUGAGUGCGGGAAAAGCUUUAGUCAGCGUUCACACCUUAUCUCACAUCAGAGACUCCACACAGGAGAGAUGCCCUACACAUGCUCUGACUGCGGGAAAAGCUUUAAUCAGAGCUCUGCCCUGAGCAGACAUCGGAGAAUCCACAUGGGUGAGAAACCUUAUGGAUGCGCUGAGUGCGGGAAAAGCUUUAAUCGGAGCUCUGCCCUGAGCACACAUAGGAGAAUCCACACGGGUGAGAAACCUUAUGGAUGCUCUCAGUGCGGGAAAAGCUUCGGUCAGCGUUCACACCUUAUCUCACAUCAGAGACUCCACACAGGAGAGAUGCCCUACACAUGCUCUGAGUGCGAGAAAAGCUUUAAUCAGAGCUCUGCCCUGAGCAGACAUCGGAGAAUCCACAUGGGUGAGAAACCUUAUGGAUGCUUUGAGUGUGGGAAAAGCUUCAAUCGGAGCUCACACCUGAUCACGCAUCAGCGAAUCCACACAGGAGAGAAGCCCUACACAUGCUCUGAGUGUGGGAAAAGCUUUAGUCAGUGUUCAAACCUUAUCACACAUCAGAGACUCCACACAGGAGAGAUGCCCUACACAUGCGCUGAGUGCGGGAAAAGCUUUACCUGUGGCUCAAACCUUUCUCAACAUCAGAGAAUCCACACAGGGGUGAGGCCCUUUGAAUGCCGUGAGUGUGGAAAAUGCUUCACUAGCAGCUCAAACCUUUCUCAACAUCAGAGAAUCCACACAGGGGAGAGGCCCUUUGAAUGCCGUGAGUGUGGGAAAAGCUUCACUCAAAGAUCAGUCCUUUCUAGACAUCAGAGAAUCCACACAGGGGACAGACCCUAUGAAUGCACUGAGUGCGGGAAAACCUUCAAUCGCAGUUCGCACCUUAUUAGGCAUCAAACAAUCCACGGAGGAGAGAGGCCCUAUGAGUGCUCUGAGUGCGGGAAAAGCUUCACUUGGCGCUCACACCUUAUCACACAUCAGAGAAUCCACACAGGGGAGACGCCCUACACGUGCGCUGAGUGCGGGAAAAGCUUCAGUUGGCGCUCCAGUCUUAUCAGACAUCAGAGAAUCCACACAGGGGAGCUGCCCUACACAUGCUCUGAGUGUGGGAAAAGCUUCAGUCUGUGCUUACGCCUUAUCACGCAUCAGAGAAUCCACACAGGGGAGAAUCCCUUCACGUGCUCUGAGUGUGGGAAAAGCUUCAAUCGGCGCUCACACCUUAUCACGCAUCAGAGAAUCCACACAGGGGAGAAGCCCUACACAUGUUCUGAGUGUGGGAAAAGCUUCAAUCAGUGCUCAAUCCUUAUCACACAUCAGAGAAUCCACACAGGAGAGAAGCCCUACACAUGCACUGAGUGCGGGAAAAGCUUCAGUCACCGCUCUGCCCUUAUCACACAUCAGCGAAUCCACACAGGAGAGACGCCCUACACAUGCGCUGAGUGCGGGAAAAGCUUCGGUCGGCGCUCAAACCUUAUCAGACAUCAGAGAAUCCACACAUGA